UUUACAGCUAACAGCUAAAUCGCAGGCAUAUUUUCAGCCUGUUUAUGUCUGUGACUAAAGUCCAUUGGUACGAUAUCUUUAAAUUAGCCGGUUACCUGCUCUGUCAACUGAUUUACUAACGCUACUGUGUACAUAUUUUUAUUGCAUAAAGAAAUGGCAAUAUCAGCUGAUCACAUCCGGGAUAAACUUACUAAGGAACUCGCGGCAGUGCACGUGGAUGUGGAGGAUACCUCACCCAACAGAUGUGCUGCCAGUUUCAAAGUCCUCGUGGUGUCGCCCCAAUUUGAGGGAAAGCCACUGUUGCAGAGACACAGGAUGGUGAAUACAUGUCUGGGCGAGGAGCUGAAAGAGAUCCACGCUUUUGAACAGAAGACCCUCACACCAGAACAGUGGGAGAAACAGAAGUCACAAUGACACACACACAUUAUAUCACAUUCCCAUCAGUUUGUAAAUCAUCCCAUUAAACAGACCUCAGUACUUCUGUGACAUUUUUAAAAAAAAAGAUGAAUUUGUGAUAUUCCACUGCAAUGCCUUGCUGACAAUAAAACACUUUGAUGCUG